AUGGAAGAUUCCCCCCGUCUGGAAUGGCAGUCGCUGCUCGAAGAAGGGAUUCUGAACCUGGAUAAAAUAUCUCCUUUAGACGACUGUCGCCUCCGUCGCAACGCCAACCACCAUGCUCAAGAGCGUGAUGAGGACCCGAAGAGGGAGUUAGACUCUGCGAACCAUUGCAGAGGCUUUAGUCCUCAAGGAAUCAGGAAGCAAGAACUGAGGCUUUUGGUAUUGGGCUCCGGGGAAGUUCACCCUGGGGGUCCAUGGGGGGAGGUCAUGCACCCAAGUUACGCCAUCACGCCGUCAAUUCUCGAUACUCUUCCAAUUACCCUCACUCACGCUGAAAAGAGCACACUAUGGAACUACUUCAAUUUUGUCCCCGGCGCCGUGUAUGGUACCACUGGAGCCGGCCCUUUCUGCACCUUCAGAGAUAUUUGCCUGCCUUGUUGUCAGCGGUACCCUGGAGCACUCAUAUGGAUGCUGGUCGCAGCAGAACGACACGGGGCCGUUCUGAGUCGACUCACUGAGCCGCCAUCAUCGGUCCGCCGUAAAAUGGAAGCGUAUAAAGCCAUUGGGCAGCUCCUGCAGGACGAAGACAGGAGAUACACUGACGAAACGCUGGCUGUGAUUAUGGAAGCCAUAGUGGUCGAGUCAAGAUUUCUUGAUCUCAAGGCGACAACGAUGCACAUGAGAGGUCUGGAGACGCUGAUCAAGCAACGAGGUGGCUUAUCCUCCCUCUUCCAGUCUCCGAUCGUGAUGUCCCAUCCACUAUUCUUUCUGGGCUUUCUGAUCCCAGCACCGUUGCCACAAUCGAGUCGAGAGGAAGCCGAUGGGCGUCAACCAAAUUUUCACCGGUCCUUUUCCGAUAUGGCAAAGUUCAAUCAGAACCUCCGCUCUUUCAUUGUAUCAACACAUCAAGCAAAUGGCAACAAAGACCUCGAGGCAUACCUCAAAAAUCGACGCCUCGCAUUCAAUUCCCCAGUCACGGAGCAAUAUAUCUUGCAUCUACCGAGCAGUGCUGAAGAGACCUAUGGUGCGCGAACCAGUCGCUUCGCGUUCCUCUAUCUCCUCAACCUUAUUCUUUAUCGCUGCAGCAAGAAUGACUUCAGCCAUUUCCUCACGUACAGCUAUCCCUUGCUGCCCUCGAACUCAAAUAUCUUCGCCCACGGGACUGCCUUUCUCGACACGGUCAUAUAUUCCCUCCACUAUUCCGGCACCAUCGACCCUCAAACGCAGGCCUCCUCUGUUCGCCUCGAAACCUUGCUCUGGGUUGUCGCGAAGGCGUGGGUUGACGCAGACCCAAUCCGAGCGAGCUCAGCCUUGGGAAAGGCAGAGGAAUUGUUUCUGACAGAGACGACUAUGUCGGCAAUUAGGUUGUGGGGAUGUAUGAGAGACGCGCAGAGGGACGAGAUGAUGACUGUAUUGAGAGGCUGGCUGGUCGAAGGGUUUGACUGA